GGGGUGUUUGGAGUAGGUGGGUGGUGUUGGUGAGUAAGAAUAGGAAAGGGAGAAAAUGGAGAAGAUAUUGAGAGUCUUCUUUGGCUCUAACGACACCCUUCACUUCUCUAACCCUAAUUAUAAUACUUUACCCAAAACCCAUCAUCUCUUUCUUAUUCUCUCUUUUUCAUCAACUCUUUUCCUCCCUCUUCUCAAUUAUAUAUUAUCUUUAUCUUUCCUCUUCGUUAAUUCACUCUUUUUGUUUCUUCUUUUCUGCGAACUUAGGGCGGAUGCUUUUCAAUUUUGUGCCAUUCACAAGUUGCCAGUUUGGUGCAGCAAUUACCAAACUCAUUUAGCAACUGUCGUCUUUUUGCCGUGAUUAGUACACGUGUUGCUGGUGGGACCUACUCUUUAUGUAUGUCAUGGAUGAAUCUGGUGGCACUCGAUUUGAAGGGAUCAAUGCUACUGUUAGAAAGAAAAGAAGCCACAUGUUGCGGCGACCUAGACCAGAGAUACUGGUUUUUCAUGAAAGCCGUGAUCAGUCACCCUUAACACUAGUUUCAGAUGAUGUUGGUAGGGUUUCCAGUGAUGAGAACACUGGUGAUGCCGAUGCUGGACGGAAAAUGUUCAACCUUAAUCAUUGCAUGUCUAGAGGCUCUGCUUCGAGAGUGGAUGAGGACUACACUGUUAAGAAGAAUAAGGAUACCGGAUCUAGCUUGUUAUACAGUAAUGGAGGUCCAGGAGAUGAUACAUAUUCCCGGAAGGGCUCCUCUCUUAGGAAAUCAGGAACUGUUCAGGAUGGCGUUUGCAAUGAUAACAAGCUGAAAAAGGUUAAGCUGAAAGUUGGGGGUGUGACGCGCACCAUUCAAACCAAAACCGAUUCUCAUGGUGCAUAUGGUGGUGGUUUGUCUACUAAAAGUGCUCGAGCCUUAGGUGCCUCGCUGCCACGGCAGAAACUUGCCCAGCAGGACACUUCGAGUGAAGACGGUCUUUCGGAAAAGAAAAGUGAGUCGCAAGGAAAUUUGUGGAGAGAUUCACCAAGAGGCACUUUUGAUGCUGGCAAAGACAAUAUGGGGAAGACACCAAUGACAAAUGCCUUCCAAAAAAGAGGUGACAAGUCAGAUCCAACUCGUAAGAGUAAGAGGGCGCCGAAAAGGCGUGUCUCGGAGGGGUUUGAUGAGGAUGACGAUGAUGAUGAAAUUCGAUACUUGGAGAAGCUUAAAACCUCAAAGUUUGCAGGAUAUAAAGAUUUUGAGGAGGAAUUGACCAAGAAAAGAAGUUUUUCCCGUGUUUCAAAGGUUUGUAAGUAUGAAAAGGAUGAAAAUGUGGGAAGUUCAAGGAAAGAUGUAAGGAAGAAAUCAGAAGAAGGUCCUGAGGACACUGAUUAUGAGGUGGAAGAGCUCCUGUCUGAUGGUGAGCCUGAAGGAAGAAAGAAGCAGAAACAAAGGAAGGAAUCCUCAGAUUCACCAAUUGAAACGAUGAGAGGAGAAAUGACUCUUACAACACGUCAACGAGCUCUCCUAUCUAGCAAAGAUUCUACUGCUUCUUCUGUGAGUCAAAUUGAGUUCCCUGAUGGUUUACCACCGGCGCCACCUCGAAAGCAAAAGGAAAAGCUCACAGAUGUUGAGCAGCAACUGAAGAAAGCGGAGGCUGCUCAGAAACGUAGAAUGCAAAAUGAGAAGGCUGCGCGUGAAUCAGAGGCUGAGGCAAUUAGGAAAAUUCUAGGUCAAGAUUCAAAUAGGAAGAAGCGAGAAGAUAAAAUAAAGAAGCGGCAGGAAGAGUUGGCACAGGAGAAGGCUGCCAAAGAGCAGAUGCUUGCGAAAAGCACUAUCAGAGUGGUUAUGGGCCCUACUGGGACUGUUGUGACAUUUCCUGAAGAUAUGGGUUUACCUCAUUUUUUUGACUCUAAACCUUGCAGUUACCCUCCUCCUCGUGAGCAAUGUGCUGGGCCUUCCUGUAUGAAUCCAUACAAGUACCGUGAUUCUAAGACAAAUCUUCCUCUUUGCAGUCUCCAGUGCUACAAGGCAAUUCAUGAAAACACAGGCUUGAAAGCCUGCUAAAAAUUGUUAACAUAUGCUCUUGCAUAUUGUGUAGAUUCAAGCAAGGAUAAUGAGGAUAUCUUUUCCAUAUAUAGGAAUCAAGACUAGCUAUAUCUGGGAACAAAUUGUGUACAUGAUUUUUUGUUGCCUCAUAAAUGUAUGCCACCCUGCCCCUAGUCCAUUUGUCAUUCCUCCUUUUCUAUUUGUUUUUCCCUAUUUGUAUAUUUUUCUAAUCAUUGGUCAACCUCAUUGCUGCAUAGUCAUGCCAUUUUUGGUGAUUGUUGCCUUUU